AUGCAUAAUUUUCAUCAGAUAUAUCAAUAUCUUAUAGCAACAACUACAGUUACUGAUGUCUCUUCAUAUCUCUCUCUCUAUAUCUAUCUAUCUAUCUAUCUAUUUGUAUAUCUUCAUAUCUAUCUAUCUCAGUUUGUUCAUAUCUAUCUACAUAAAUAUCUAUCUCAUUCUAUAUCUAUCUAUCUAUCUAUCUAUCUAUCUCUAUCUAUCUAUCUAUCUAUCUAUAUAUAUAUAUAUAUAUAUUCUAUUAAUAUCUAUCUAUCUAUCUAUCUAUCUAUCUAUUUGUGUCUCUUCAUAUCUAUCUAUCUCAGUUUGUUCAUAUCUAUCUACAUAAAUAUCUCAUUCUAUAUCUAUCUAUCUAUCUAUCUAUCUAUCUAUCUAUCUAUCUAUCUAUCUAUAUCUAUAUAUAUAUAUAUGUCUAUCUAUAAGUCUAUCUAUCUAUCUAUCUAUCUAUCUAUCUAUCUAUCUAUCUAUCUAACCUAUUUAAACCUGUUCGUUAUUUCAUUUAAUUCAUAUCUAUCGAUCUGUCUAUCUGAACUUUUUCACUAUCUAUCUAUCUAUCUAUCUAUCUAUCUAUCUAUCUAUGAACUUAGCAUACUUUCUUAA